GGGCGGGGCCGGGUCUCGGGGGCGGGGCCGGCUCCCGGCGGUGCGCGGCGCGGCGCGGCGGCGACAUGGAGAGCGGGGCCUACGGCGCGGCCAAGGCGGGCGGCUCCUUCGACCUGCGGCGCUUCCUGACGCAGCCGCAGGUGCUGGCGCGCGCCGUGAGCCUGGUCUUCGCCAUGAUCGUCUUCUGCUGCAUCUUCGGCGAGGGCUACAGCAACACCCACGACUCCAGGCAGAAGUACUGCGUGUUCAACCGCAACGAGGACGCCUGCCGCUACGGCAGCGCCAUCGGGGUGCUGGCCUUCCUGGCCUGCACCUUCUUCCUGGUGGUGGACGUCUACUUCCCGCAGAUCAGCAACGCCACCGACCGCAAGUACCUGGUCGUUGGCGACCUGCUCUUCUCAGCUCUCUGGACCUUCCUGUGGUUCGUUGGCUUCUGCUUCCUCACCAACCAGUGGGUCGCCACCAACCCGGCAGACGUGCUGGUGGGAGGCGACUCGCCCCGGGCCGCCAUCACCUUCAGCUUCUUCUCCAUCUUCUCCUGGGGUGUGCUGGCCUCCCUGGCCUACCAGCGCUACAAGGCCGGUGUGGACGACUUCAUCCAGAACUACGUGGACCCCACUCCGGACCCCAGCACGGUCUACGCCUCCUACCCGGGCGCGUCUGUGGACAACUACCAGCAGCCCCCCUUCACCCAGAACGCGGAGACCGCGGAGGGCUACCAGCCGCCCCCCGUGUACUGAGCUGGUCGGCUCGGGGAGCAGGGAGGGCGCGGGGGGAGGGACCCCCCCUCCUAGACUCCUCUCAUGACACCUGCCUCCUGGAGCUGCCAGCCCCCUCCUGCAGCCCGGGGACCCCGGCCUUCCCCACCUUGGCUGCUGCCCAGAGCCUCACCCCAAGUGCCUAUGUCCGAGACGCUUCCCCCACCCCCGCGAGAUGGUUUUUAGGAAAGGGUUUUAGCCAGAUGCGCUGCUCACCACUUUAUGAUCCCCCACCCGCCCCCGCCCCCGGGGUCGCCAGAGCCAACAUGCUGUUAACAAGCGCCUUCGCUUCUCCUAGCCCCCGGGGGCCAGCCAGCCCGCCCGGGCCGGGGUGGCUGCUGUUCUUGGGGGUUCUCUGCCAAAGAUGAGGCCCAGGGGGCCUUCCUCCUCCCUGUAGCUGGUGCUGGGGGCCCGCUCCUCCUCACUCAGGGUUGCGCCGGCUGCUGUGCCCCUGCGCUCACUGCUGCACUGGCUGCUCGCUCUCAGGCCCGGGGUCACCACCCUGCCCAUGGCCCUGCGCUGCCUCAGAACAGCCUGGGGUGGGGCUGGACUGGUUGCCCACCCAGGGGCUGGCAGCACUGUCUUUCUGCUCCUGCCUGUGGCGGCAGGAGGGGCUCUGCCUGAAUACAGCACCCGGCUUUAUGAUGUGCAUAUUCUGCCAGGGUCAGCUGGAGAGCGGGGCUGCCCAGCCCCACGCUGUCUGGAGUGUAUUGAAAAGCUCGGGGGUUGGGGGAGACACGGGCACCCUCGAUUCUGUUGAACUGGUUUGCAGAUGAAUAAACAUUUUUUUCUCAUUCUUAACUGCCCCUUGUCAUAGGUCAGGCCCCGGCCGAGGGUAGGAGAAAUUCCAGUCUGGGGACAGCCCUGGCAGCUUGCCCUCCAACGUGCGUAGCCACCAAGCCCCCCCCUUUGGGGUCUCAUGCCUUGCACUGCCCUGUCUCCAUCAGCAUCCCAAAAUAGCAGCCGUGCUCAGCUUGUAAACAAGAAGUCUUUCUGGACUGCCUCACCACUGCGCCCGGUGCUGGAGUUGGCGCAGGGCACCUGGGAGCUGCCCAUCGAAUGCCCCUUCCUGGUAACCUGCUCCUUCCUGCCCCUCAAAGCAGAGCGAGGGGCACCCUCACUCCGUCCUGCAGACAGGGCUCCGCAUGGCCAGGGAUGUGACGGGCACGGGGGAGUGAGCGCCAUCUCUAGGGGGAGGCCACCCCUGGCACCACAUUCUGAGGGAGCUGUCAAAGUGGCCUUGAGUAAAAGCCGAAGGGGCAUUGCGAAUUAAUGUCCCGUGGCUAGG